AUGAGCGCUUACACAUCCGAAGAUCUAGCAUCAGCCAUGUCUUCGAAUGUUACACGAAUGCCACCUACGGCAACCUCUGCACAAGAUCGCGCCGCACUCACUACACCAUACAUUCCACCAAGUAACUGUAUACCCAAUUGGGAGCAGACGAGCCUGCUCUGGACUCAGGAUGGCACCUUUACGUAUCCUGUCCUAAUAUCGGCACCUCCAACUUCAUGCUACCCCUCUGGCUGGGGGAGCGGCGAGGCUGACUCUCUAUUCACCUUUAGCCCAGCUGUUUGUCCUUCUGGCUGGGAUUAUUGGGAAAUGUCUCGUUCCGAUAACUCUCCAGAAGUCUCGACAGCAUACUGCUGCGAAAGGUUCCAUCCCCGAGCAUCCUACACCUCCGAGAGCAAAGAGACUAACAGAGCCAUUUAG